GGUUUUCGAUGUAAAUGCUAUUUGCAACACAGUUUUACAAUGUGAUGGUAUCGAAUACUCCAUUCGUGCAGUCGGUAGCGUGACAUCGUUCUGCAGGAGGAGGCAUGCCCGACCAGCUGCAACCCAAGAUAGACCUAGACGAGAUACUGCGGGAGCUGGGCCAGUUCGGACGAUACCAGUUGUGCGUGUUCUGUUACCUGUGCGUCGCCAUCAUCUUCACCAGUAUAUACAACUGCCAAUACGUGUUCAAUGCAGGCAGCGUCGCAUACAGGUGUAGAGUGCCAGCAUGCGAGUCUACACCAGAGAAAUUCGACCCUAACGGUUGGGGAAAGUUUGCAUUGCCAUCGACGGGGUACGACUGCUGGCAGAAGGUGCCCAUCGGGUCCACUUGCGAGCCCCAGAGCUUCUCCAACAAGACCCGCCGCUGCUACUCCUGGGUUUACGAGAAUCAUUAUACAAUCGUUCCUGAGUAUGACCUGGGGUGCCAGGAGUGGAAGCGCACGCUGGUGGGCACCAUACACAACGUCGGCGUGUUCAUCGCCAUUCCCUUCACCGCGGUUAUCUCAGAUAAGUUUGGUCGUCGUCUGGCGCUGAUCGGCACGGCGGUGGCGCCGGCGCUGGUGGGGGUGGUCCGAGCCUUUUGUCACAACUACUACCUGUACCUGGUGCUGGAGCUCCUCGAGGCGUUCGUCGGGAAUGGCACUUACAGCACGGCUUUCAUUAUGGCAUUAGAAGUAGUAAGUCUUAAGAAGAGAGUGAUAGGCGGCAACGUGAUUCAGUGCACGUUCGCGAUGGGGCAGGUGAUCGCCGCGCUGUGCGCCUGGGCCAUCCCCUACUGGCGGACGUACACCAUCGUCAUCUUCGCUCCCUCCUUCUUGUUCAUAUUCUACUGCUUCUUCGUAGAGGAGAGUGUACGCUGGCUCAUAGCCAAGGGACGCAGAGAUGAAGCGAUAAGAAUCAUUUUCAAAAUUGCGCGGUACAACCGCGUGACGCUCUUACCGGAAACACUAAUGUUACUAACCAGUACACCGAGGUUACACACUGUAAGCAACAACCCGCGACCGAGUGCGUUCCCCGAGCCGGAGCCGGAGCAGCCGUCGCUGCUGAGGCAGGUGCUGAGGUCCAAGACCAUCCUGGGCCGCAUGGCCGUGGUAUCGUUCUGGUGGAUUUCCGUGACCAUGAUCUACUACGGGCUGUCCAUUAACUCCGUGUCUCUGAUGGGCAACAAGUACAAGAACUACAUACUGACGUCACUCGUGGAGAUUCCCGGCUCAUUGCUCGGCUUCGCAACACUUGACCGAUUUGGAAGAAAGGCUUCUCUUAUGACAAGUUUUUUUGUGUGCGGCACAUCACUUCUCAUGCUACCUGCCACAGCUGACCCAACGUUGAUAAUGUUGCUGACGCUGGUGGGCAAGAUGAUGAUCAGCCUGAUCUUCUGCGGCAUCUACAUCUACACGGUGGAGCUGUUCCCGACGCAGGCGCGCCACAUGCUGAUGGGCUUCUGCUCCAUGACGGGCCGCAUCGGCUCCAUGGCCGCGCCGCAGACGCCUCUGUUGGUUGAUGCUGUACAUGAAGUCACUGCCGUACAUCUUGUUCGGGACGAUGGCGGGCACGGCGGGGCUGCUGAUGCUGCUCACGCCGGAGACGCUGCACCUCAAGCUGCCCGACACCAUCGCGCAGGCGGAGCAGCUCAGCGUGGCCGUGCGAGGGAGGAACACCCCGAGCCCAUGAACCCAAACAUAUUAAUAAGCAUUCCAACAUCAAGUGACAUUUGACAAUGACCUUCUAACUCGAGCGAGGGCCAAGCAUAUCGAUCAACAUGAUGUGUACGAUGCGUCGUGUGGCGGAAAGACUGAUGCAGGUCUUAAGCUGAAUGAAGCUUUACACAGUCUGUAAAAGCUUUAGAGUUUUGCACAUAAGUAUUUCUGCUGCCAAUUUAUAAUUAAGGCUACUUGUAUGGAGCAUCAACUGGACAUUUAAGAUAUAUGCUAAAAAUCCAUCUGUAACUAUAAUUGAAAACCGACACCACAAUGUUUUAAAUAUUAGUUGUGCAAGUUGCUCAGAGACGUAGAUAAUGAAUGUAUAAAUGAAGUAAAACCUAUUAAAUAUCAUGGUUUAUACGAUGGUUUUUUGUUAAUUUUUACAUAGCUAUUUUGCAUUAAAGGUUUACUCCUCAAUAA